AUGCAGUUCUCAAUCAUCGCUACCUUCUCCGGUUUGAUCGCCCUUGCUGCGGCCUACACCACUCCUGUGGGUGCCGAGCCUCAGGGAAACCCCAUCUCUGCUCCUGGCUUGAACCAGCAGGUUCCUAUUGGAUCUCCCUUCACCAUCACCUGGACUCCUACCUCCGCCCCCAACACCGUGACUUUGGUUCUCAUGCGCGGCCCUUCAACCAAUGUGGUCCCUCUCUCCGUUAUCGUUGAGAAAAUCCCCAACACCGGAACCUACAGUUGGACUCCUGCUAGCGGCCUUGAAGUCGAUACCACCCAUUAUGGAAUCCAGUUGAUUGACGAUGUCACCGGUUUCUACCAGUACACCACCCAGUUCGGUAUUGCUGCCGACCCCAACGCUGUUACUUCAAGCUCUGUACCCGCCACCACCAGCACUACCGCUGUUUCAUCCUCGACCGCCCCCACUACCACUUCAUCCACCACCGCCGUUGUUUCAAGCAGCAGCACUACCGUCUCUUCGUCCCUUACCGUUAAGCCCAUGGACACCGUUGUGUACAGCACUGUCAUUGCGACUGUCACUUCAUGCCCUGCUUCGGUCUCAAACUGCCCUGGAAAGACUGUUGCCCCUGUCUCUAGCGUCCCUACCUCUGCCGUCAUUGCUACUUCGUGGGCCAACAGCACCAUGGCUACCGCUACCGGCACCAAGAAUGCUACUGCUGUUGCCUCAACUGGAUUUGCUGUUUCCACCACUGCCUCACCUUCCCAGUUCACCGGUGCUGGUGACAAGAUCAGGGUUGGAUGUGCUAUGGGUGCCGUCUUGGUUGCCGCUCUUGCGCUUGCCAUGUAA